CCGGUCUCCAAACUGGGUGAAUUAUCCUCUCGUCCCACGUGUUCUGUUUGGCGAGAGUUAUGUAGCUGUCACAAAUCACGGUCCGCAUUUCCCCCUAUCUGGGAGUCUCCUCCCACCAAGCAUUUCGUCAACACAAUGAUCGAUUAUACCAAGCACGAAGGUGCUGCCAUCACCGAGGACAUGAUCGACGAUAUUGCUGUCUCAUUCUCGGAAAACUACGGUGUCUGGGGUCCUGCCGUCAAGCCUGAAAAACAAGGUCGACGUGUACGUGCCAGUCCGGCACGCCUGAGAGCCGAUUGUUUGCCUUCUUCACCUGCUCGCAACUUUCUUGUCCAAGCCAAAGAUAAACAUCGCCUUGUUGGUCACGUUAUUGCUACGAGAUGGACAUUCGAGAACCUCAGCAUAUGUUGGAUAACUCAGCUAUGCGUCAAUAUGAGGUACAGGCAUCAAGGACUAGCGACAAAGCUUCUCAUCAAGCUGAGCGAGGACAACGAUGAUUCUGCAGUCGGUAUCCUCAGCUCCCACCCCUUUGCGAUCGCAGCAGUUCUUCGAGCUUCGGGCAAAAGACUCCGCCAGACCAACGAAUGCGUUGGUAACAGCCAAAUCAAGACAAUCAUGGCAUCGUGCCCUGUCGACUACGUUCGAACUGCUAGACUUCGCGGCUCUGCGUUCGAGAGUAAUGUGGAUGAUGGCACCAUCUCAUGCGCAGAUACCAAGUUCUUUGUUGACCAUGCAGAACCGCACGCCGCAUUGGAUGCACUGCGUGAUAAAGGCAUCAAGUGGCCGUUGGGCAGGUUACCAGAGGGACAUGAAUUCCUGGCCUUCGUAGAACGUCCAUAAAAGAAUCCAGAAGAAGGAUGUUGGGGUGAUGACUUCAACUCCAAGCUUAGGUAUAUACGAUCAAGAUGCUGCGC